AUGUCCGGCGAAGGCCCCGAAUCAAUCCCCACCUCAGCGGACCCCCGCUCCCGCCGCCCAACAAAGAAACGCGCCCUCACCCCCGUCUCCGAACACGCAAAACACCUCGAGACCCUCUUCUCCAAACCAGACCAAGAGAUCCGUCUCCCUUCCGAUCCCGGCGCCGUCGCCAAACGCGCCGUCGCCGCCCCGCCCGAGAUCGUCACAAACGUCCAAGGUUCCUCCGCCGGCGCCGGCUCCGGCGAGUUCCACGUCUACAAGGCCAGCCGGCGCCGCGAGUACGACCGCCUGCGCGCCAUGGACGACGAGGUCAGACAGGAGAAGGAAAACGACGAGUUUGAGCGGCAAAAGGCCGAGCGGGCUGCCAAGGACGAGGAGCGCACGAGGAAGAAUCGGGAAAAGAGGGAUAAGAAGAAGCAAAAGGGUAAAAAGGGACCCGGUGGUGGUGGUGGUGGUGCUGCUGCUGCUGCUGGCGUGGCAAAGGGAGGAGCUGCAGCCGCUUCUUCGUCAAGUGGUGGUGUCGCCGCAAGGGCUGCGGCGGAAACAUCUACAAACAAGGAGGAUGAAGAUGCCAAGGAUGAUAAGGACGGCAAGAGCAAGGGCUCAGAGACGGCAACGACCUCGUCAGGAGCUGCUCAGCCCCCGGGUAUCGUGAUCCACGACGAGGACUGA